AGUGACAACAUUUUGCUAUGGCCACUUCAGAUGGAAACAGCACUGUUCGGUGAUAUCGAGAAGUUGGCCGCCGGUAGGUCACUGACGGUUAGCGGUGAUCUGCAAAUGGAUCAAGCGGUGCCGCUGGCGAGCUUUGGCUGGGAUUUUGCUCAUAAUGGAGCGCUUAUCAACGAAUCUAAAGUGCAAGUGAGCGAGUAUGAUCCGAAUGAAAUCAUUCUGAGGAAUUCAUUCAGGAAUUACACAACUGUUCUCAACAGGAAAGUGGAGCGAUGGUCAGCGAAAUCAACGGAAGAUGCGAAUACUUUCGUUUUCAGUUAUCAAGUGCGCAUUCCCGAGCAACUGUUCACGUAUAGAACUGGCCUUUUCGAACUGCUCAAAUUUGCUUGGAUACAAUAUUUGAGUAUUUUUGUUGUUGUUCGUUUUGCUCUCCGAAACCUUCUUAAGUUCAUCUUUGAGAAUCGCAUUCUUUCAACGAUUGUUUCAAGCGACAAUAAACAUCUUGACUGA